GUAGCCUGCGUCUGACCUUGCACUUGUCUGCCCCUCGGGGCUGCAAGGCAAGCCCCUCGCCCAGGAGGGCUAGCCAGCAUGGUGGAUUACUACGAGGUGCUGGGCGUGCCUCAGCAGGCCUCAUCAGAGGCCAUCAAGAAGGCAUACCGUAAGCUGGCGCUCAAGUGGCACCCGGACAAAAAUCCCGAGAACAAGGAGGAGGCAGAAAGGAAAUUCAAGCAAGUGGCCCAGGCCUAUGAGGUGCUGUCAGACGCCAAGAAACGUGACAUCUAUGACCGCCAUGGCGAAGCAGGUAUGGCAGGAGGUGCCAGUGCCGAUGAGGCUUCCUUCGUUGACCCUUUCGAGUUCGUCUUCACUUUCCGUGACCCAGCAGAAGUCUUCCAGGAAUUCUUUAGGGGCCAGGACCCUUUCUCAUUUGACUUCUUUGGAGACCCAUUUGAGGAUAUUUUUGGAGGCCAGAGGAGCUCCCAAGGAAGGAGAAGGUCUGAAUCCUUUUUCUCUGCCUUCAAUGAAUUUCCAGCUUUCAGGGGUGAUUUUUCUUCCUUUGAUAGAGACUGGACCUCCUUUGGUUCCCUGGGAAACAGAGGCCUUUCUUUCUCAAUGUCUUGCGGUAGUGGUGGAACUGUCAGCUUCAAUUCCACGUCGACUUCCACCGAAAUAGUGAAUGGCAAAAAAAUCACUACCAAGAGAAUCAUUGAGAAUGGCCAAGAAAGAGUAGAAGUGGAAGAAGAUGGAAAGUUGAAGUCCCUUCUGAUAAAUGGCAAAGAGCAGUUGCUACACAUCAACACCGAGUAACUCCUCUUGACUUGAAAUGCAUUUUGAGGAUUAGAAGGCUAUUUAAGAUGGCAAGUGAAAUCUACUUUCAGAACAACUGUACCCCAAAAUUUUAAACAAUUCAUGA